GGAUUGGUCAAGAUCAGAUCGAAGUACGCAAAUACUUGGCUAAAAUCAUUUUCGGGAACCCAAUCGAAUACUCAUACACCACAAACUUCAAACAAGGAUUAUCAUCAUGUGCAACGCCAUUUGUGAAUGCCUUAAAUGUCCUGGCAAAGUUAUUUGCUGCUGCUGUUCCUGCGCCUGCAAGAUGCUGCUGAGCAUCGUGUUUUCUGCGCUCCUGAUGGUCGUGGUGAUCGGCUUGAUUGUCUACUUCACGGUCUUCUAUCACAAGGAUAAGAACACGGAUGAAGUGCAGAAGCAGGUCGCCCAACUGACGCCCAUUGUGAAGCGCAGCAUACGCGACUACUUCAACAAGGAGUACUGAUCCGAGGACAUGAAUUUAUACUAUAGGCCAUAUUAAUAAUAACUCCGUCGAAAACGAAAUCGAAA